AUGACCGGUCGUCAAGGAACACCUCGUCCAGCUACUUCAACAUUCAUUGAACUCCGUCCUCGCACUCGCCAUACGAUCUCUGUUCCGCCCCUCUCACUAGCGAGUACUGUGUCGGAUUAUCCAAAAGCGAUUGGUGCCCCGAUUGUUACGCCAAUUGUUACUCCUCUCGUUCCUCAUCAUAGUCAUACUUCCCAUCCCCACACUCACCCAACACCACCUCGACCACCAACGCUUGCCCAGUCAACCCCAACCAUAACCGCUCUCCGAGAAAGGGUUUUGAGGGAGUGUGAAAGUGAGUGUGAGAAUGGGAGGGGAAGGUAUGGGAAUAAUGAUGAGGAUGGAUGUGGAGAUCGAAGGAAAGGAACGGAGUUGGAUAAAAUUCCACUUUGUGAGUGGUGUGAGGCGGAAACGAAGAUUAAGGGGUAUGGAGAAAAGAAGGUGUUGGAGAGGGGAUUGGAAAAUGUGACGAAAUCUGAUGGUGGGUUGACGAGAUGUAGAUUGGAGAAAUUGGAUGAGGAUAAGGGGUUGGUAGGGAAUUCGGAUUUGAAAUUGAAUGGAAAGAAUGAUGUCGUGGUCGGAUUAGAUGGGGAAGAAAGGGAAGAAACGGGGCCUUCUCCAACUUCGCCAACUUCUAGUAUUUCACCGACGAACAUGACGAUCAAAUCAUCGAAAGUGUCUACGAUGAAUGAAAGAGAAAUUAGGAAAAUCAUACGGGAUUCUUCUACUCCUCAGGUAUGUAUCCCAGUAAAACUCGGUCUAGCCAUGAUAAGCAAUAUUAACACCAUCCAAAAGGAAGAAGUUGCACUCUUAAGUGACGCCGCCAAAAUGGGCGUAUCCGAAGACGGAAACCCAGACGACUCCACACAUUCGCACAGUGACACUGAACCUGCUCAUUUCGGCCAAACCGACCCAUCUACUUCAUCGUCAUCAAUUUCCUCUCCCCCAUCAGACAUCUACGUCUCCAUCUACGAUCCUGCCGGUCGAGCAUUCGUGCCUAGUAAGACUAAACCGCUUCCAAAAUGGAUGUCGUUACUUCCGAAUAAUGUACAUCGCGAAAGGGAAGAAACAGAGGGUGAUGCUAGCCAGAAGAAAUCGCGAGCAGCUGUUUCGAGAGCGAAGCUUCCAGAAGCAUAUGCAGAUGGGGCUUCAUCUAGUCAUUCGGAUGAUUGUCCGGGAGAUCAUGGUCCGUUUACGUCGUGUCCAAUGGGGGAGGGCCUGACGGAGGUUUCUCCUCGGGAACACUCGGAGCAGGUGACGCCUAAAGACCGACUCUCCAUCCGAGAACGCGCCAAUUCUGCCUCUGAAAGCACGUCAGAUAGUACCCGACGUCCAUCCGCAUCAACUCUUUCAUCUCUCGCCCUUCCUAGCCCCCAACAGAAAGCAUUCAAAACCACUCGUCCUCGCUCCGUCUCCAUCGAAGAAAAGCUUCCCCGUCCACAUCAACAUCCCGCAUCUGCCUAUCGUCGUGCAAAUCGCUCCAGCACCAUUGAAUCCGCCUGCAUCAAACCCAACAGUCUAGUCCAAACCAUUCCAUACCCUGAACACGCACCGCGGGACGUUUCAGAAAGGCCACUAACCCCCUAUCCCAAAAGCGACAGUCCGGAUCCCUUCCAAACCCAGCACAUUUCCUCUUCCUCAUCCUCUUCUACUCCCCACCCAAACUCAAAACCCACCCUCCUACACUCCCCCCUCUCAAACUUCAUCACACCCCGAAAAGGCUCUUGCUGCGGACUCAGCACCUCUCUCGAAAGCGCAUCGGUAGGAGAAAUGAAAAAACGAGAACGCGGAGAAUCGAGUUUCGAUUCCGUGUUUGAGAGUUUUCCGCGCCCGGAAAUCGGGAAGAAUAAUAGUAAUUAUGCGUCGAGUUUAUGUCGUAGUCCGAAAUUGGGGUUUUUGGAAAAGGGGAAUGAGUAUUUGGAGUAUGUGUCGGGAGUGAUUUUGCCUGGGGGAGGAAGGGAAGGGGAUACAGCGAAAGAGGUGGGGAAGGAAGGGAUUGUGGAGAGGAUUCGGAGGCAGAGGGUUGGAACUGUGAGUCUCGGCCAAGUAGCCCAAAACGUCAAGGAAGAAAAAGAAAGAAAGCGUGCGGAAACCCAGAUUCAAAUGGAAUGGAAUUGGCUUGAGAAUGAAUCUAAAAAUCACAUUCCAAAUGCAACUGUGGAACAAGAAGCGAAUGAGCAAGGGGGAGGAGGGGGGAGUAGAGUGGGGAGUAGGAAGGAGAGGGAGAGGGAGAGGGAGAGGGAGAAGACAGAGAGGGGUAAAUUGGAAAAAGGAGAUGGUAAAUGGAAAGGGAAGGAGAAGCCGGUAGAGGAGAAGGAGAGCCGUACAAAGGUUGAGGAUGAUGUUGGUGGUGGCGUUGAUGAGAGUAGGGAACAGCUGAAGAGGGAAUUGAAGGGGUUGUUUGGUCAGGAGUGA